UUCGUACCCGCCCGUCCGUCCUAUUCGGAACGAUAGAGUAGCCACCCAACGAGCCCAGUCAACACAAUACGAGAUCCCGAACGGGCGAGCGAAGAAUGAAUAUUGUGCGAACGGGGCGGCGGUGUUUCAAAGACGGAUUUUCCAAAAGAAAUGGAAAUCUAAGCAGUUCGCGAUUUCUUCUCUAUGGUUUUGUGUGCGUAUCGUCCUAUUUUUCAUACUAAUUUUCGAAAAAAAAUUUCGGGAAAUUAUGACGAAUCGUGAAAUUUGUGCGGAUUCUUAUCUUUCCAUAUUAACAUAAACAUGAUUUUUACAUUGAAUCAUUCAAUGUAACAACAGGAAUUCUGGAUGAAAUAGGAUAUUUUCUAUUGUGUCAUUGCAAAGUGUGCAUAAGGUCAAAAAGUUUAAAUGUUUUUCGUGUCUUAUUUAUUGUGACUGUGUUUUAGCAACAUAAAUAAUGGUGGAAAUUCAGGAGCCUGAGAUUUUUCAAACCGUAUGGAACUUACCCUUUUACCCAAUUACAUUUACGAGUUCUAUAAAACUAAUAGAGAAUUAGAGUAAAUACAAAGCAAUUUAUAACAAAAAAAAUCAUACAAGAUACUAAUAAAUAUAAAAAUUUAAAAGAAGUUAUUAUAGUAAUGGGUUUAGUGCAAGAAGUGUGUAUGUGUAUUCAUAGAAUUUAAUCUUUUUUGUCGAAAAAUUUCUUUCAACGGUAAAUGUACAAGUAUCUAGUGAAUCUACCUGAUCGAUAACAAUUUGAUAGUUUGCCAAAAAUGGAUUUAUCUACUGCAUAUCGUUACAACCAAAACAUGAUGGAAUACUACACAUGUCAUGGUGGUGUUAAUCAAUUGGGUGGCGUUUUUGUAAACGGUCGACCAUUGCCCGACGUUGUACGGCAACAAAUCGUACAAUUAGCCCAUAACGGUGUUCGUCCAUGUGAUAUUUCUAGGCAGUUACGGGUCAGUCAUGGUUGUGUAUCAAAAAUUUUAUCAAGGUAUUAUGAGACUGGAAGCUUUAAGGCCGGUGUAAUAGGAGGCUCAAAACCAAAAGUGGCAACACCCCCUGUAGUCGAUGCAAUAGCCAAUUACAAACGGGAGAAUCCCACAAUGUUUGCUUGGGAAAUUCGUGAUAGGCUUCUAGCUGAAGGUAUCUGCUCCCAGGAUAAUGUACCUAGCGUUUCAUCAAUCAAUCGAAUUGUAAGAAAUAAAGCUGCCGAAAAGGCAAAGCAUGUACAUCAUCAACAACAGCAGCAAAACUCAUCAGCUACUAGUAGCGCUAGUGAUGUAGGAGGAAGAAAUAAUAAUGCCGGGCCCAGCAGUAACAGUGGAAGCGGAGUUAUAGCACACGCUUCAACUGUAGGGCAGCAGCAGCAAGCUCAGCAACAAAAUCCUCAACAGCAGAAUCAGUUGACAUCAGCCAGUGGAUCAAAUCCUAGCGGAGCAGUUGGUUCUGGUAGUGGUGGAGGGGCAGGAAAUAGCGAUGGUGGCGGAGGAAAUGCAGUACCUGGGGAACAUCGAACUGCCGGUUAUAGUAUAAAUGGUAUAUUAGGCAUACAACACACCGACCCUAAUGGGAAUAGCAUCAAAAGAAAACGAAUUGAGGAUCAUGAUGAAAACCGCGACAUCAACAUUCAUCCUGAUACUGAAAUCAAACGACAACGUAUACAUUAUAGCGGUGAUCAACUUUAUUCAAACCUGUGGUCUGGAAAAUGGUGCAUAAAAGACGAACAUAAAUUACUUUCUGAACUUGGCACUGUAACAUCAAAUGGCGGAGCUCCUUAUUAUGACGGUCAUAAUGGUUUUCCAUCCUCUACUGGUACUGAGUCGAUUUUAUAUGACAGCAUAACAACUAUAUCACAAACUCAAAAUUCACUGUAUACGCAACCAAUAGGAACAUCGAUUGGAGGUUCGCUUACUCCUUUAGCCCCGAUAAGUAUGCAAGAAAUCAAACUUGGAACGGGAAUCUUAGAUCAAUCAUUAUCACCAUAUCAUACAACAGAAAAUGGUCAUACAUAUGGGAGUCUAACUAAUCUAGGAACGGUAGUUAGCCCUCACGAUGAAUCAGGAUCGUCACCAGGACUACCCAUUACUCUCGUGAGCGAUGCAAUUCCACAACAGCAAUCCCAACAACAAACAACGAACUCUACCACAACUGCUACUCCAAAUUCGAGCAAUGAAUGCCCAACGACAGUGACAUCACAACAUCAACAGCACGACAAUGUUACAAUAUCAAUAGCCGUGGCGAGCUCACAGCAGCAGCAACCACAUAGUCAUACAUCGAAUCAUAGUAGUAAUUUAAAUAUAAAUAGCAGCAGUAAUAACACUGCAUCCAACAGUACCAACAAUCCGAGCACUAGCAGUGCAACUAACCUAUCACCUGCUGAUCAGUCAUCGUUAAUUGUACUACAACCAAGCGGUGGUCCAAGUGGUUAUUCAUCUAUGUUACCAAGUUUCAGUCAUUACUCAGCAGGAAACGGAUCAGUUGUCCCAGGAUCUGAUUAUGCAUACAGUCCAGCAUAUUCCCAAUAUGGAGGAGCAUACGGGUCAUACGGAUAUUGUGCAACUAGUGGACUCCUCAAUUCAACCUAUUACUACGAUGGCGGACAAAAUCAAACGACCACUAUCAGUCAGGAUAUUCGGUCACCGCUAGCUGCAACUAGAGCAAAUUCUUUAGCUAGCGCUUCUUCGCCGACGGGCAGUGCAUGUACAAAAACGGAAGCAUCAGACAUUUUUUUAGUUUAGUAUUUAAAGAGCAAAUUUAUUAAUAGGACCUAUAUAAGUGAAUAGAACUAUCUAUCAUUUACGCUGUUGUAAGCGCACCUCUUUCAAGCAAUUACUAUGGUUAACUAAAAUCCAUUAUGUCACUUCCUUAUCGAGGAAGCGCGCAAAUUGUAAAGCAAACAACAGUAUGUGACAUGAUUGUACAUAUAAUUCAUUCUCUCUUUAAUUAAAUGUCGUAAAAAGAAAUAAUUAAAAUAAUCCAAAAGUAAAAUAUAUAUGUACGAAGUCACUACUUCAUUUAUAAAAACACCUACUAAAAUAUAUGCAUAAAUAUUAAAGAAUAUUUACCAAGGAGUUUAGUAUAUUUCUAAAAAGAACGAAAUCUAGAAAAAGAACAAAAAUGUUUUAAUGCAUAUAUGGCUCUUUAGAUUUUCAAUUAUUUGCUGACAUUAUGCAAAAAAAAUUACAUUUUUGUAGAGUACACAUCGAUCAGAAUAUAAGACGUAAGAAAAUCAACCACAAAUGAUGUAAGUUACAAGUUGUAAUUUUAAGUUUUACCAUUAUGUGCACAAAAUCAUAAGCACUACAUUAAAUUUCAUGCCUUCUCUUGAUUAUUUAUUGUUUUAUAAUUACGCACACAUUGCACGAAAUUUUAAAAGAAAAAGAACAAAGCAGAAUGAGAUAUAAAUCUUAAUUCCAAAUUAUUUUUACCUCUAGUGUAAAAACAAAACCCGAACUUUUAUAUCAAAUCAAAUGAAAAUGUAUUUGUGCUCAAUCCUGUAUUGUAAAAUAUUACCAACUUCAUAGAAAAAAGGAAACCGAAGAAUGGAAUGGCGUUUUUGCAGAAACUAAAAAUUAUAUAUUAUAGCUGGAAAAAAAUCGGUCAAAAUCAUAGUGUCAAAAAAAGGAAAAAAUUGAGAUAAAUUCUCUAAGUAGAGAGCAAGCAAAGCCACCAAAUUGAAUAUAGAUUUAAAAAAAUUAUACCUUCAAUUCAUAGUAAUUAUUAUAAAAUCAAUGUUUUCACCCAUAUGAAAUUAUGUCGUCCGAAAAGAAAAGAAGAAUGAAAGCGAGAAUUACAAAUUCAAUAAAAAAAUGGAAAAA